AUGACGUCCUCCCGCCCCAACAUCAUCUUCAUCAUGUCUGAUGACCACGCUGCCAAAGCCAUCGGGUGCUACGGCGCUGGCAUCAACAAGACACCGAACCUGGACCGCAUUGCCGAGGAGGGCGUCAAGUUCAACCACUGCUAUGUGACCAACUCCAUCUGCACUCCCUCCCGCGCGACCAUUCUCACUGGAACCCACAACCACACCAACCUCGUGCACACCCUCGACUCGAAGAUCGACAAGCUGUUGCCCAACGUCGCCAAGCAGCUCCGUGCCCAUGGAAACUACCAGACUGGCAUGGUCGGCAAAUGGCAUCUGGGCGAGGGCAAGGCGCACCAGCCGUCCGGCUUUGACUACUGGGACAUUGUGCCCGGCCAGGGCCAGUACUUUGAUCCAAUGUUCAUCACCGAGAAGGGCAUGAACAAGGAGCACGGAUACGCGACCGACAUUAUCACGGACAAGGCAAUGAACUGGAUCUCCAAGCGCGACAAGGAGCGUCCCUUCUUUAUGCAGGUGCACCACAAGGCGCCCCACCGUUCGUGGGAGUGUCACCCCAAGCACCGUGACCUCUACAAGGAGGACAUUAAGCUUCCCGAGACGUUCACGGACGACUACAAGACCCGCGCAAAGGCGGCCUCGGUCGCCAAGAUGAAGGUGACCAUGGACAUGACCUACUUCGACCUCGGACUGGCGCAGCCCGAGGGUGGUUCGGAGGUCGGCGAGCCUCUGGCGCCUGGGUACUGGAUGAUUUCCGACCGCCGCAUCCCCUUCCCCGAGGACGUGACCAAGAUGCGGCCCUUGAUCGACAAGGAGACGGGCGAGAGCUUUACCUUUAAGACUCAGGAGGAGCUCGCCAAAUUCAAGUACCAGCGCUACAUGCAGCGCUACUUGCGCACAGUGCAGUCGAUUGAUGACAACGUGGGCCGCCUGCUCGACUUCUUGGACGCCGAGGGUCUUGCGGACAACACCAUGGUUCUGUAUACUUCAGACCAGGGCUUCUUCCUCGGCGAGCACGGCUGGUUUGACAAGCGUUUCAUCUACGAGGAGUCUUUCCAGAUGCCUCUGAUGGUCCGCUGCCCCGGGCUCAUCAAGCCCGGUACCGUCUGCAACGACAUUGUCUCCAACGUCGACUUUGCGCCCACAUGGCUCGAGUACGCCGGUCUCCGCAAGCCAACGUACAUGCAGGGCGACUCGUUCCUCCCGUCCCUCAAGGGCGAGGACUACCAAAGCCCCGACCAGGUCGCGUACCACCGCUACUGGAUGCACGCCGAGGAGUUCCACAACGCUUAUGCCCACUACGGUAUCCGCGGACGCCGGUACAAGCUCAUCUUCUGGUACAACGAGGGCCUCGGCCUGCCUGGCACCGGCCCCGACGACCCGGAGCAGGAGUGGGAGCUGUUCGACUGCGACGAGGACCCGCUCGAGCUCUUCAACCUCUGGGGCAACGAUGGCGCCGACCUUGCGGACGUGCGCGAGAAGAUGGUCCGGCUCCUCGAGGCCAAGAUGGAGGAGAUUGGCGACAUCCCAGCGCACCCCAUUGGCCUGCCUGCCGACAGGCUCAAGGAGAUGUACGUCCCCGGCGCCAACAUCUCAGCGCGCGCACAGGCGCACAACAUGUAG